AUGGCACCCAAGUCAUCCCAACAACGCACACAGUCGUCCGGAGAAAGCUGCAGCGACGAACCCAGCCAGCCUCUGGAGUACUCUCAACCUGCAGCCCAGAUCAACAAUGACCAGAUCCAGCAGGCUGUCAAGCUUCACAAAGAGAGGUCCCAAGCCCGCCGUGCGGAACGUGAACAAGCCAUCCGAGCCGAGCGAAAGAAGAAUCUUGCUCGUAUUGCGAAGCGCAAGACAGAAUGCGAGCGGAAGUAUGAGGAAAACCGCAUCUCCAAUCUCCGACCUAAGCUUGACCGACUUCGCGAGUUACUGCAGCGCAAACGCGAUUUGGAGAGUGAGAUCGAGGAGAAUUUCGGACAGAUCGACCAGGCGAUGAGGUCGACGGUUGCGCAGGCCAAGGUUGCUGUGGCGGUGCGAAUGGAAGAGCUCACGCCGAAGGAGGUCUUCGAGAUCGAGCGUCUCCAAGCCGGUGUGGCGAGUUUGCACAGCAGACUGCCUGUCAUUCUUGACAUCGGAUGGGGAAGAAGACAGCAGGGACAAAUCGUAGGCUUUUUUGAGUUCAGCAUCGGACAGGACGCGGACAGCUUCUGUUAUGAGGUCGAUGGUCGGAACCUCUACAUCUUUCCCGGUCGGGCGUCCGACCUGCUUUAA